AUGACGGCCAUGGCAGUUCUUUCAGUCACGCGAAGUAAAAAAAAUCCAAAUUUAUGAUUAAUUAUUAUCGUUCAAAUUUGAUUAUAAAGUGUUUUAUUGUUAUUAUUUAGAAAAAGAAGUGUCAGUCGGUGAUUUGGGAUACUUUAAAGUGUGUUUUAUAUGGUCUAAGACGGUGAAAUGUUUCAUUUUUUUGUAAUUCACAGAAUGUGUUGUUAAAAAAAGAGGCUUUUUUACGAUCCGUGCCCAUUACAGACCAUUUAUCGAAGAAGGCUUUAGGCUCUAUAACAUCACCCUGCAAAUAUUAGGAGCGAAGAAAUAAUGGAAAACACGGACGAAGUUGCUGGCGGCCACUAGUCAAUAAUAAAGUGUUAAUUUUGACAGAUCAAACAGAGCUUCAGAAGUUGAAAUGAGUCAGAUGGCCACAGAUAUGGAUCCAUUGAGCAGCUAUGAAUACCCUUCUUACGACAAUUACAACUGCCAAGUGCCACCAUCAAUGCCAGGGUGUAAUUAUGAUGUUAAGCUUGAACAGCCGACUUCUGUGAAUCCAGAGUUUUACAGCAUCUUCAAUGCAUUACAGCAGGAGAUGCAAAAUCACCAACAAGUGUUAACAAAUUUAAAUAAUAAAAAAACUGAGCCUAACCCAAUUAAUCCAGUGCCACAGAAAGAAGAAGUCAAAUUUAACAUCAAAUCGGAAGAGAAAAAACAAAAAAAGCAGUUGAAAGGUAGAACAAGCAAAUAUUGGUCAGAAAAGAUAAAGGAUGAUAAUUUCAAGUUCUACGGCUGUUCUGUAUGCAAUAUUAGUUAUGGUACUCUCCAUGAAUUAGAUCAACAUGUGACUGUGCAUAAAGAUCGAGUUACUAGUUAUGAUUUAAAAAUAAAAAAUCUUAUAAAGAGAAAGAAACUAAAGAAGGAAAAGAAAAAAAUGAAGAAACUCAGUAAAAUUAAAACUGAAGAGCCAUUGGAAUUUGAAAUUAAGCCUGAAGAUGGUUACAUUGGUAACGAAAAAACUUCAGAGUAUAUGAAUCACAAUAAUGAGAAUCAGCCUGCAGAUCAGAAGGAUGUGAAACCAAUCACAAAUGAAAAUGAAUGCAAAGAUAAAGUUGAAAACUGUGUUGGAAUACCAGAAACUGAUAACCAGUCUUUAUUGAAUUUACAAAAGAUUUACAAGUGCUUUGCUUGUCAAAAACAGUUUACACUAAGUUACUAUCUGAAACUCCAUGUUCGUUCUCAUACAGAUGAAAAACCAUACACUUGUUCGGUGUGUGGUCAGUCGUUUAUAACUGCAAGCAAACUGGGCAGACAUAACAAGAGGAUACACCUUGCUAUAAGACACCAGUGCCGUAUCUGCUACCGAUUUUUCACUAAAUUUGAAAAUCUGACAACCCAUUUUGACAAGAAACAUUAUGAAGACAAACUAGAAGGCGAACCAUAUGACUAUAAUGCUAUAUUACCAUAUUUGAAAGAGUUAGAAGAAGAACUAAGGGAGAAAGCUGAAAAGGCAGAGAAAGAGAGAGCGAAGGUCAAUGAUCCUUGGGGUACAUGGGGAGCGAAUCCUGGAGAUGAAGGCAUUUUGAUUCCGAAGGUGGAAAUACAGGAGACAACUAAAAUUGAACCUUCGAGCGUUGUAAUAGAGGAGGUUAAAUUAGACCCCCCAGAUGUAGAGAUAAAGAUCGAACCUGUAGAAAUUGUAGAGACCAAAGAGGACCCCCCCGACGACCCAGUCAAGUCUGAGGACGAGAACGAAGACGAUGUCAAGGACGAGAGGUAUUCGGAUGACGAUUAUUUCCCAUCAAAUACGUGGGCAGUGUCUCCAAAACUGGAAGAUGCACCCCCAUCACCUAAAACCAGGGGUGCUAAAAACACCGGCCCCCUAAAAUGUACCGUGUGCGAGAAAACAUUGAGCACAGCUUCUUAUUUAAGGGUGCACAUGCGAACCCACACUGGCGAACGCCCCUUUAAAUGUUACAUAUGUAACAGGGGCUUUAUAACUUCAAGUAAAAUGCAUAGGCACGUGUUGACACACGAAGAAACAUGGCAAGGAGAUGGAGUGGAUCUAAAAACGGAAGACAUUAAAGUCGAUCCAGAGGCCGAGGCGGACGAAACGAUAAAAACUAAAAAACGCAUAAAGAAAGCAAAGGCGCAGUUCAACAAGAAAUCAAAAGGUGAAAAGAUAAAAAAAUACAAGAGCCGACCGCACUCGUGUGAGUAUUGUCAAAAGAAAUUCCUACACUUGGAGACGUUGCAGGUACAUAAAAAAUGCCAUGAAGGCGAACAGUUAGUGUUGAAAUGUGCCUUCUGCCUCGAGGUAAUGUCCGAUGAGGCAGCUCUCAAACAACACGAGCCCACACACGUGGGCCCUCGCCCUUACCUUUGCACUAUAUGCGGCAGAACUUAUAAGAAGAGGGAGACAAUGGUAUAUCACAGGAAAUACCAUAAACCUGACAAGGAAUUCCAAUGCAACGUAUGCUCGAAGAGUUUCAACGCGGCUUGUAAAUUACAACGCCAUCUAGUGAGCCACAGAGCGGAUAAAUUCGUGCUUCGAUACGAGUGUCCUGUGUGCGCGCAUAUGUUUCAUACAAAAUAUCAUGUCCAGAUGCACCUGGCUACGCAUCAGAAGGAGGGGCUAAUCGUAGAAGAAAAUCGCAAUCAGAUACUAGCAAUGGUACUACAAAACGCCAGAAAAAUACCUAAACAGCCAGACGGUGCAACAAACGUCACAGAUUUAAUACCAUCAGAUGAAAGGUCGAGGGUAUGUAACAUAUGUGGGGAGGUAUUCCAACAUUUCUAUUAUUUAGAGGAACAUUUAAAAGGGCACGCCUCAAAAAUAACCAUAGAAGAGUUAGAAAAACAGGAAGAAAAGAAACAUGUUUGUCAAGUAUGCAAUAAAAGCUUCAAGUUGCAUUACUAUUUGAAGUUGCACAGUUUCACACACACUAAAGAGAAACCUUACAUUUGCCAGCAAUGUGGGAAGGGCUUCAUCACUAAAGGCAAGCUUAAACGACAUCUGGAAACGCAUACGGGUCUCAAAAAAUACCAAUGUCAUAUAUGUUAUAAGUAUUUCACUAGGACAAGUUAUUUGAGGAUACACGUCAGGACGAUUCACGGUACACAGGAUUAUAAUUUUAGAUUACAGAAAGUUUACAAUGCCAAUAUGCAGAGUUUAUGCCAAUAAGAAAAAGUAAUGUAAUACAGGCUUGCCUUUUUUUGUUAAAAAAAGGCAUAUUUGUUAUUUUUCUUAUUAAUUACAGUUGCCUUUUUUAAAAUAUCAUUAGAAAUGAGAACUAUUAAAAAGACUUGUGUUCUUUUUAUUUAUAAAAAACUGCUGGUGCUUUUAUCAAGAAAAAUAGAAAGUAAACUAGUGAAUUAUAUUUGCCUUUUUUAAAAGACUCAUUUGAUUAUUAUACCAAUGUACAUAUUAUAAUUCUUUUGUGAAAUAAGCAGCAGAGAAGGUGAAAGUCAAUUUUGGGUUAAGGUAUUUUUUGUCAAAAUAUUUUUUAUCAGUUUUUUGUUAAUUAUGUGAUAUAGCUACUUAUUGAAUACACUUUUAAAUAAUAUUUUAUGCAAUUCGAAAAUGGACUUCAAAAUUUGUAAAAAAAUAUUUCUAUUUUUAAAAUAGGUUAGGAUUUUUUAAAUUGGUUUGGUUUUAGAAAAUCUUUUUACUUAAAACAAGCUUUGUAAAACGCCACAAAAAUAUUUUUAAGUGUUAAAUAUAUAUAUAAAUAGGUGUAAAUAUAUAAUUACACUUUAAAUAAUGAAGUAGCGACCAGUUUUUCGUCGCAAAUAAUGUUAAGUCUAGAAGACUUAUAAAAAUUGUAAUAUAUAUUACGUAAUUUACUGAUAUUAUUAAACUUUUUUCGUCCAAUUUUUAAAUAACAUACAAGUGUAUUAGGAAAAGAGGUUUU